CUGCCUUCUCAACCUGUCCAAAUAGUGCCUGGGGCGCAGUUUAACUAAAUAAAAUACCAAAGCGCCCUUUUCCGUGACAGGAUAUUACUAGAACCUACUUUCGAACAGACGUGAAGUGGCUGGGAAGAAGAGUGAGAGCUGUAAUAAGAUGACUCGGACACAAGUUGUCAUGCUGUUAGUGAGUGUCUGUCAACUGUCUUUCAUUCACGGUCAGGAGUGCCCGAGCAGACAGGAACUGCAGAGCUCUCUGCGCCAGGUCCACAAGCUGCUCUCUGCCCACGAGACCUCCUACAUGCAGAGCCUGCGCACGCUCAGGAAGAAGCUCAACCUGCUGCAGACCAACGUGGCUCGCCAAUCAACCAAACCCACCAACGUCACCUGUCCAAAGUUAGAGGCACCAGCCAAUGGCAAGAAGAUGGGCAAAAUGAUGCUUCCGGGUCAUGAGGUUCACUUCCUGUGUGACCCAGGCUAUGAGAUGGUAGGCUCUGAGACACGUCAGUGUAAAGACACCCUGACCUGGUCCGGACAACAGCCAGUCUGCAAGGAUAUAAAUGAGUGUGCCUCCUCUCCGUGCAUGAAUGGGGGGACCUGUGAGAAUGAGGUGAAUGGAUUUGUCUGUUUAUGUGCCAAAGGAUGGGGUGGUGCCACUUGCCAGUCACCUGUGCCAACGUUCUUCAUCACCAUAACCAACACCUCCGCCGCCACAGCAGCAGGGGCAGCUGGAGCAGCGGGUACCGGGGGUGCAGCGGGCGCCUCGGUGUCUCCGCCGGCGACCUCCAGCCCGUUUGUGCGCCCGUCCCAGUGCACCCAGACACAGGGCACCACCCACUGCACCUGCGAGGCCGGCUACACCAUCUCAGGACGCGACACCAGCCUCUGCACAGAUAUUGACGAGUGCGAGCUCUUCCACAUGGGCCAGGGGGGGCGUCUCUGCCUACACACCUGCGUGAACACUCCCGGAGGCUACCGCUGUGUCUGCCCGGCCGGCUAUAACCUGACCCGCGACGGACGCAACUGCAAAGACAUUGACGAGUGUGCCAACAAGCAGCAUAACUGCACCCGGGAUCAGCUCUGCAUCAACACCUAUGGAGGCUUCCAGUGUGUCAAAGUGGACUGCCCACGUGUCCGCAAUGCCACCUACGUGAAAACCUCGUCUCUGCGCUGUGAGAGGAACCCGUGCCCAGUGGACAACAGAGCGUGCUCACAGGCCCCUAACUCUGUGUCCUACCACUACCUGGCGGUGGUGUCCAACCUGUCUGCGCCACGAGUCAUGUUCCGCGUGUCGGCCCUGCGCAUGAUCGGCGACACUCUGCGCUUCUCGCUGCUGGGAGGAGGCCGGGCGCGGCGCCACUUCACCGUGCAGCGUUCUGACCGGCAGACGGGCCAGCUGAUGCUGGUCAGCCCCGUGCAGGGCCCCGUCACGCUGGAGGCCGAGGUGGAGAUGAGCGAGCUGGAGAGGCGGGUGAUGCUCGGACGCUACAUCACCAGGGUCACCGUCUUCGUCUCGCCCUACGAGUUCUAGCGAGUUCUAGACGGGCGUCUGCCACCUGGCUUCUUGACGGCCAGUUCAGGGGGAGGAUGCUGUUUGCUGGGGCGUUUCAGGGAAGCUCAGUUUGAAUGAAGGGCUUAAAACGUUUUUAAAACGUAUUUUAAAAAAGCUCUAAAUUUAGGAGACAUUAAGACUCCACAUACAAGGAUUUGUAUAGAGUUACAUUUAAAUGAACCUAUAAGGUGUAAAGCAUGACGAAUAUGCACAAACCAUGUGAAUUCUAUUCUAACAUUAAUACAAGGCAAAACAAUACAUGUUGGCUUUAAGUUGCUUUGUAUUGCUCUCAGAGGAAACAAUGUACACUUUGCACUGGUAUAUAAGGUUGGUAUGUAAAAGCAUCUUUAAAAAGAGUUUGGCUGUAUGAGUACACACACAGUUACAGUUUAUAUAAACUGAUUACUCAAUAGCAAUGUCCCCUUUAACUGCCUUAAAGACUUAUAGCUAUAUAUGAAGUCGAAAUAUACUGACAACCUUGUUUUAUAUCUACUGUCUAUUUAAGUCUGCUGUGUGAACAUGAUCAGGUAAGCUCUCUCUCUGCUCCUGCUUUUAUGGUGUGUGGAGAGGGAGAUUGAGGUGGUAAUAGCUGUUAAAGUGCCUACUCUCCACUUGAGUGGGAUUGUUCUGCUGUUUCAAAGGUAUAGCUACAUAAAACAGAACCAAGGAUAUUGUACUUAUCUAUCUCACCGUGGUCAGGUGCAAGGCCUGCCCCUGCUAAUGUGAUAAUGUCUAUUUUUAGUACGAUUUAUGGGUUGCCUGUAAACACAAGCACUUCAAAUCAA